GCGUCUGUGGCUUUUUUAUCAUUUACAGAUUUUGUUCUUCGUUUUCCAAAACGAGAAGUGACCAAUUAUGCCCAAGUGUGGAACAUGCCCAGUUUGAGUGCGUUUACCGUCUGUUUCUGGAUGAAAUCAAGCGGCAAGAAAGAGGGAGUGCCAUUUAGCUAUGCCGUUCCAGUACAGGAAAACGAACUGCUCUUGGCUAAUUACAAGGACUUUGCCUUACGUAUUGGUGGUGAAAAGAAGUAAGUUAUAUACAAUUAAUGGUGUAUUUCUUUGGAAAAACUCGAGACUAAUAGUAGAGAUUUUAAAUCUGGGGCCAAACGGAUUCUUAACAACGAAAAAAAAAAAAUAGAAAAACAGAAAAAAUUCGAAACUGGAUUCUUCAGCGUUGGGAACCAUAAAACCUUGAUCUCGCGUAUUAAAAGCACGUUCACUUACCAUCAGGACUUAAUCUUCAGUUUCAGAUUUCGAUUUUAUUCGGUGAAUCCAGCCAGAGUGUGGAUAUUUUAAGUUAAUAACGUUUUGAAUAAAAAGAUAGUUGCCCUCGAAUAAGCGCCGCACCCAGGAGCAGUCGUGUGUAAUGAAUGAAUGUUGGCCAAGCUGUUUUCUUUUGCGUUGUUAUGUUGCAAGACAAAAUCAUGGUCAAUGAAAACGCAAAAAAAAAAAAAUGAGGCCAAUAUCCAGCCAUACUAGACCGAACAAUCCAACACGAGAAAUCCCGAAAUUACUGAGGUAGCCAAAAAAAUAUAUAUUCAUUCAAAAUAUUUCUUCCUCACUGAUUGGCUCAAAUACAAUGGACAAUUUUUUAUAACCAGCUAGCGUUAAACAAAUUUGAAAGACGUUUGCGAUAUCGUGUACUGAUGACAUCAAUAGCGCAGGCACGAGGUUGUUUUAGCUCAGCUGUUUUGAUAAUGCGGAUUAUUCGGUAUGGUACGAUAAGUGACUUGCAAGUAGGUGAGGUAAAGGUUUCUGCUGUCUACUCUGUUAGAAAUCUGGGUGCUUGGUUUGAUGCAAACAUGAAUAUGACCACACAUAUUAACAGCAUAUGUCAGGAUAUUUAUUACCAUCUACAUAACAUCCGGCGUAUUAGAAAGUAUUUAUCAUAUGACAAUAGGAAGUCCAUUGUACAGGCUAUUAUAAUGUCACGAUUAGACUAUUGUAACGGUCUAUUAUAUGGUACGCCCGCUGUUCAUCUUGGUAAGCUGCAACGCCUGCAGAACGCGGCAGCUCGGCUGGUAUGUACUGUAUCUAGGUAUGAUCCUAUCACACCAUCCCUGAUCAACCUGCACUGGCUUCCGGUUACACACAGAAUAGAAUUCAAGAUAGCAAUGCUAGUUCACAAAUGUAUUUACGGCGUCGCACCACAAUAUCUUUUAGACUUGAUAAAAAUCAAAGAGAGCUCGCGGUAUCAGUUGAGAUCAUACCGGGGCAUACUCCUAAUGGACAAUACCUAUAGAACAAAAAAGACACUCGGGGAUAGGGCGUUUGAAAAUGCUGCGCCCAAAGUAUGGAACCGACUCCCUCUAGAAAUUAGACAAUGUCAAUCAUUGAAAAUUUUUAAAGUUUUACUAAAGACACAUCUUUUUAAAUUAGCUUUUUAUUAGUUUUUUUAUUAACUCAUAUUUUACUUUUAUUGUUUUCCGAAAAUUGUAAAUUAUUAUUAUUAAUAUCAUUAUUUGGAUUAGCCAUUUAUUACUUUAAGAUUUUACUGUUGUAAUGCGCAUUCGAUCAUAUCUUUAUCGCAUGCUAGACUGCGCAAUAUAAGAAAUAAACAUUAUUAUUUAUUAUUAUGGCACAGUAACUUUCUUUUUCACUGACAGGAAGACAGGGAUAUCGGCAAAUGAUGGCAAAUGGCACGCUAUCUGCGUGACAUGGAACAACGACGAUGGCACUUAUCAGUUCUUCAAAGAUGGAGCAAUGGAAAAACAAGAGACAGACUUUAAGAAGGGCUACACCAUCAAGGCUGGGGGAUCUCUGGUUCUUGGACAAGACCAAGAUGAGGUCUGCGGCGGCUUCGAAGAAGACCAGAGCUUUGAAGGAAACUUGGCUAGGGUUAAUGUGUGGUCCUAUGUCCUGCCAAAAGACGCUAUCAUUGCUUGUUCUGAAUCUUGCUCCAGUAACCUUGGAAUCAGAGGAGACGUCUACAAAUGGUCCGAUUUUAUCUACGGAGUUAAAGGAUGUGCCGCGUUUGAAAUUCCCUCUUCUUGUGUUUGA